GUUAACAAGACCUAAAUCAUCGAAACACAUAAAUAUAUCGAGUAGCAUAAAGACCCAAAGAUUGCACUAACGAUGCUUGUCGACCAAGGUUUUUCUCCUGCAUAUGACUCAUCCCUCAACGGCUCCAAAUCCAUGCCAUCCCGGGAGGAACGCAAGAAGUUGCGCAACAAACGGCGCUCAAAAGGAGCUCAUAAUAUCAAUGGAAAGGACAAUCGUGGAAGUGCCGACAAUGUUGGAAGUUCUUUUAGCCCUUCCAUGGACACAGAAGACCGCUAUAUAGCCUUACUGAACCGAAACGAGGAUGAACUUUUGAAGUUUGUUGCACAAGUGAACAAGGUAUAUCAAGAUCUUUUGAAAAGACCUGCUCCUUUUAUGACCUUCGUCUUUUGUGGUAUGCAAUCGGCAGGUAAGAGUACCAUCAUGGAACGCUUUUUGAACUCGGUACUGAACAUAGUUCAACAAGGAACGGGAACUCGUUGCCCGCUUGAUGCAACUUGUAUUCAUGACACCACUUGUAAUACUGCGGUUUGCGAAUUGUAUGGAGAGGAGCUACCAGAAGACGAGCGCGGCGAUCAAUUGACUGUCAACGACGUGUUCGAACGAAUCACUAAUCACAACAAGAAACUAGGCGAUGAAGAUAGGUUCAGCACUGAGCCUCUCUACCUAAACUAUAGAUCGGCAAAUGUUCAAAACAUGAGAUUCGUCGAUACUCCAGGAAUCAUUUCGAAUCAAAGUACUGGGAAAGACAAUCGUGAAGAUAUCAAGUCCAUUCUUCGCAGCGAAAUGCGAAAACCAAAUACUAAACUAUGCGUUCUUCUCGAGCCAAAGGAAUUCGCCACAAACCCCAUUCUAGAUUUUUGCGACGAUACCCUUGGGGGUCGCAAGAAAUGGAUUGACGAUGCUACAUUUCUAAUGACAAAAUUUGACAAACAGCUUGAAGACGCCCGAACUUCUACAAAGGCAAACGACUUUUUCGAUGAGUUUUUUCUGAACAAGUGUCGUCCCCAUUUGGUCAUCACACCUACUUUGGAUAGGGAGGAUUUGCCACCUGACAAGUUGUUUGAGGAGCGCACAAAAUUGAUUCAAAAAGCAGAUGUUUACGAGAACGAUAAAUUUGAGCAGUGGCGAGAGGGGCACGAGCGUUACUGUAUCGAGAACGGAGGUGUGGAGGAUCCAUUGCACAUUGACAUCGAGACAAAGAUUGGGUUCCCAUCGGCCAAAAAGGUAAUGCGAGAAAUCAUGUUGAAGGACACCAUUGAACGUCUUCCAGAGGUAAUAUCUUCAUUGCGAAAUGAUUUGGACAAGUACAAUGCUGAAUACAAGAAUCUUGAAGAUAAAAUGAAAUUUAAUGAUCCUCAAAAUCUUCGAAAUGUUGUAACUCGGAUGCUAUUUCAAGUGCAAGACCGCAUUCUGAAUUAUCUUGAUGGUGAUUUGGAAUUAUCUCUCAAGUUCCCCGAUAAACUUCAAACCCUAGAUGACGAACUAGACGAAGAAGAAGACUCUGAGUGGUCCACCAGGUCAUUAAAUCACCACAGUGAGAAGGAAGAUCAUUGGCGUGGUCGUGUGUCGAAUUUAGACGAGUUUCCCGAUGAAAUUUACGCCGCAUCGAGGUUUCUAGGAGGAAAGCAAUAUCAAAGGGCACUGGUAUGUGAACUCAUUCUUUCUAUCUGUUGUUCAUUUCACAUACAAUGGAUAGGGUAAUUCUAACUUUGCUGUUGUCUUCAAUAUAGGAAUUUUUUCGAGUCAUUAUGAUCGACGCCCUACCUGAUCCAUUCCAGCUUCGUGACAAAGUUGCCAAUUUGACGGGGUUUUUAAGUGGCGGGUUACAGCAAGAAAAUUGGGAAAGGGCAAUGGUCGAAAUAACUCGUGUGUGCCUAAAAGAUGUUUCGCACCCUGGACUAAACUAUGUGAUUAAGCACAUUGGGAGUAUCUUUCGACGCCUCUUUCCAAUUGCACUUCAAGACGUGAAGCAAGGAGAAAGAUUCUCCGCCGAGUUCAAGCAAAUCCCAGCAGCAGUUGAGCGCUUUCUACAAUCUGAAUUUGAUAGUGUGCUAUGGAAUCUGCUAAAAAAUGCUUCAAAUGAGGUUCACUCUUCAAUGGAGCCCAUGUACUCAUCGAUUGACCCUAAUCUACCAACAUUCCAUUGCAAACGGCUUGUAAAUCAUCAACAAAAAGAUCUUUUCGUAAAAAAAGACCAAAAGUUUGUGUCAGUCGAUGAAGAUCGCGAAAAGCAGUUCGAAAACAGCUGGUUGAGUAGCUUCAAGCAUAGAGCGGUGGCACUCAUAAACAAUGAUUCAAACAAUUCAGCAAAAUUGUUUCUGAAAGACGAGAAUCGUAAACGAGCGACAACCAAGAAAUCGUUCCUACCCGACGAACGUGCUGCCAUGAUUACAAAGGAAGAAACGGAGAUGAUCUUGCAACGGUCUUUCGAAUACAUUGUUGGUCUCAUGGAAUUCAAUCUGAUUGUUUUCCGAUUUCAAUUGAACUAUCACCUGUUUGAAGGUUUCAAAAAAGCGAUUAAGGAAACUCUUUUGACGAAGGUGAAUGAUGCCGACUGGGAUGAGUUAGUACGUCCUGAUUCUACCAUUGGAGAACGACUUGAGAUCGUUGAAAAACAAAGACAAGGCUUGCAGAAAUCCCUUGACAUGGUUCUCCGAAUGCAACGGAUUAUAUAGAUUAUUUCUGGAAAAGAAGAUGUUUUCCACCAUCAAAUUAGGAAAACACUAUUGAUGAAAAAGGUGAAGUAGUGAAAAUAAUUUGAACACUUCAGAAGAUAGUAACCGACGUAAUCCUCCAUUAAUUGGCUGUUUUUCGUUCCUGUUUUGACUCCCAUUCUAUGCUAGUUGCUCGUCUUGGAUCUAAAGGUAUCGUUUGCAAAUGUGCGUUUUGGUAUUUUGUGGAUUCUUGAAAUGAGGAACUUUCAUUCCAGUGAAUAAUUAUUGUUUGUGCCGAAGAUAUAUUAUAUUGGUUUCUCGACGAGAUCAGGACACUUUUCCAUCGUGAAGAAAGUAAAGUAAGUACGCAGCGUUGAUAUGUAUCCAUUAUUCAUAGCCCGACAAAAAGAAGAAUGAAACAUUGAAAGUUUUAUCACCAGCAAGACGUAUUGGGCCUCGAUCGGGGCUAAUUUUGUGAUUUGCGAAAGGCCUGUCUCAAAUGACUUCGACAAAGUCAGAUGUUCGAAAUAUGAUUGCCACCCCCGUCCCCGGCUGCAUCAGAUCGAUUUUGCUGAUUCGCUGCAUCAUUGGCACGUAAGUUCCCUUCGCUAGUAUUGCUUGUCGCCGCAGACAAGUUGUUGUCCUGGAACACUUUUACAGAAUUAUCACACAUUUCAGAUAAUCUGACGACUUGUGACGUAUUCAAAUCCCCCUUGGAAGAUCCCAAUGCAUAUAACGAUCCAAGUGUUAGAUUUUCCCCAGCAGUCUUACUACAGUUGCUGUCAUCUCUCAUUGGAGAUCCAGGUACUGAAUUCUGGUUAGAUGAAAGCCACAGUGGGGCGAGAGUGCUCUGUUCUGAAUCUUCUAUUUUUUCAAUGAAAUCUCCGCUUUCUAAAUCCCCACUUUUACGGUCUCCACCAUCCGAUAAAUCAUUAUGUUCCUCUUGCUUUUGACAAAAAGAUAUUCUGGAUAAUUUUCUUGAAAAUGUUUUUGACAGCAAGUCAUCUAAUCGCACCAACGUCUGGUCGAUAUUAUUAGUCAGAACAGAACUCGGGCUUGAAAAUGAAUCGAAGGAGGAUGGAGAUCCCCUAUAUUCAGCGGUAUCUGGAGUUUUUGGUGUAUCUUUACAACAGUACUUGGCUCGUAAUUUGGCACGGCGCUCGGUCUCUUCAGCAAUUCUAUCCCAAAUUGUUCCACUUCUUUGGAACGAUAUGUUGCUUGUGUUCGAUUCAAAAAGUGGUACAGGAGUAUCUUGUUCGCUAGAAAUCGCUACUACCGUUUUUGGUGUCAAUGGUUCGUCAGAAACUUCUUUAUCGGUAGAGAUUUUUGUUUCAGCUUCCAUUUGUCGCUUCAAUUGCAGAUAUUUCCAACCAAGGUAGCAUGGGGCUAUCGAAAAAAUAGUCAAGAAUAUGCUGAGAAGCCAUUUCCCGUACGGUCGAAGGCCAUAGUAAGCGUUUUGCUCUCCUAGGUUUGAUUGUUCGUCCAAAAUGGUAGAACUGUUGAUCACGUCGAGCUCUGGCUCGUCAAAUAUGGAACUAUCUAUGCCUGGAGACCCAGGUUUUUGAUCAGGCUCCGUAUCAUAUCCGUGAGGCAUAAUUUGAGACGCAACUAUAGUUCCGUGAGGAUACGGCGGAAGCAAAUCAGGAUCUGUCAUCGACACGUUUUCAGCCGUUGGCUUUGUCUCGACACUCACAGAGUCUUGUAACUCGUCCUUACAGAAUCCCAUUUCAUCGCAGAUUCCACUGCAGCAGGUGGUAGUCACGUCGCCGCAGGGUGCAUUGCUAUCUAAACAAAAGAUUGCUGUGAUUGAAACUGCUCUUUCUUUUGCCUGAGUCGCAUCGAUAGUAGCAUUUUCCCGAGGUGUAGUCACGAAAAUAUGACUAGAAUUGGUAUUAUCAUCGGACCAAUUUUUGAACCUGUAAUAUGAUUGCUCCGUUUUGACUUCCAUCGGCAAUUCAAAGUUUACCCACGACUGUAUGUGGUAGGGAGAGAUCACCGCUACACCGUCAAUGGUCAUGUUGAGACCUUCCGGGUCGGUGGUCAAUUUCACAUCUACGACGUCGAGAUUGAUUUUUCUCACAAUUGUGGUUGUCAAUCCGUCAUCGUCCAUGGCUUGCAGCAUUAUGGAUAGAAAACCAUUUAGGUCUUCAGGUCCAAGAGCGGGAUCUAAAUGAAAGUCGUUACCACUCCUUUUGUUCAAUAACGAAUCAAGUUGAUC